AGCUUCCUUUUUUCCUGCCUUUUUUCCUCCUCGGGCGCCAGCACCAAUGCAUCCUCAGCCUUCUGAAUACCGUCCUUCCCUCAAACCAUCGGGUAGCAAUGUCAUAGAUCUCACAGGAUCACCUUCGCCUCCUCCCCCUGCUCUCCCGCCGCCACCACCUCCUCAGCAGUAUCUUUUCCAGAAUGGGAACCAUCUGCCUCCAGACUUGGAUGCCAGAACAGCUAUAUGUAUAGGCCAACUCUCAGCUACAGCCCUUGUUCUUUAUCCUGUCCCUUACACCGUUCAAGAACCUGGCUCAAUGGAACCUUCCUGGGUUCCAGUCAGGCUUCAGUAUGAACACAACCCGUCGAAGAUUGAGGGCUCUGAAACGAUUCACAUUAAGAUUCCGACUAAUAUUCCUGCCACCGGUGUUUGCGAUUCAUUUGGAGUUGUCGAGCAGAAAGUUGCCACAAAUCUAGGUGGGCUGUUGGGGAAAGGCUUGAUUAGGAUAGAGGCCAAAGUGCGGAAAGGUCCACCUAAUCUUCCAAUCUUACCUCUUCAAAUGAUCGUUUUCACCCCCAAAGGGAAUAUUCACGUCGUUGGACCAUUUGUGUAUCAGAAUAAUCUACUGUUAGAUCAUCCUACCCCUCCGUAUGAUCUUCAGAAAUACGGGCCUCUCUUUUACUUGAAUCCCCAUAAUCCCCCGCCCGGCGGCCACAAUCAAAUUCUGCACGCCAAUAAUAGGCUUUACUCUUCAAAUAACGCUUCGCGAUGGACAUCGUCUCAGGUAUCUGCAAAGAGUGUGGAAGUGCAGAGAAGUCAGGUCGAUGAAGUUUUCAAGAGCAUAAAAGGCGGUGAUCAGUUGCCUGAGACUGAACCGGCACCCGAAAUAGCGACAACACUGUACCCACACCAGAAAAAAGCGCUUACGUUCCUGCUAGAAAGGGAACGAGAAACACCCGGUCAAAAUGGUACCUUUUCUUCUCUUUGGCGACGACACAAGACUGGGAUGAAUGGACGGGAUUUUGGGGUAUAUGCGGUGACUGAGAAGGAAAUGUUCGAGGAACCCCAGGAGGCAAAGGGUGCCAUUCUUGCGGACGAUAUGGGAUUGGGUAAAACUAUCACUUGCGUCUCGCUUAUAGCGGGGUAGGCGUUAGAAGGCGGGCUGUAUAAGAGGGUACCGCGAGCAGUGAUAAACAAUACGGCCGGCUAUUAUUGUUUGCUCGGGCCCUUAUUUUGAAAUGCGGUUUGUCAGGACCAUAUUGUUUU